AUGUUAUUUAUAUCCUCGAUCUAUCUAUCUAUCUAUCUAUCUAUCUAUCUAUCUAUCUAUAAGUUUAUUCAUACAUAUAUCUAUCUCAAUCUGCUCAUAUCUAUCUAUCUAAGUUUAUUCAUACCAAUAUAUCUAUCUCAAUCUGCUCAUAUCUAUCUAUCUAUCUAUGUCGAUCUUUUGAUAUCUAUCUAUCUAUCUAUCUAUCUAUCUAUCUAUCUAUCUAUCUAUCUAUCUAAGUUUAUUCAUACCAAUAUAUCUAUCUCAAUCUGCUUAUAUCUAUCUAUCUAUCUAUCUAUCUAUCUAUCUAUCUAUCUCAUUUUCUUUCAUUAUCUAUCUAUCUAUCGGUGUCAAUCUGUUUAUAUCUAUCUAUCUAUCUAUCUAUCUAUCUAUCUAUCUAUCUAUCUAUCUAUCACAGUCUGUUCAUAUCUAUCUAUCUAUCUAUCUAUGUCUGUUCGUUAUCUAUCUAUCUAUCGAUCUAUCUAUCUGUGUCAAUCUGUUUAUAUCUAUCUAUCUAUCACAGUCUGUUCAUAUCUAUCUAUCUAUCUAUCUAUCUAUCUAUCUAUCUAUCUAUCUAUCUAUCUAUCACAGUCUGUUCAUAUCUAUCUAUCUAUCUAUCUAUCUAUCUAUCUAUCUAUCUCCUCUCUCUCUCUCUCUCUCUCUCUCUCUCUAUAUAUAUAUAUAUAUAUAUAUAUAUAUAUAUAUUGA